AUGGCAUCGAUAUUCAAGAAGGCGAAAGACAGAUCGUCGAAGGAGAAGCUGAGAACGACGUCGGGGACGUCUUUGUACGCCUCGAACGACCCGCUGAACCCACUCAAUGCGCCGACAGAGGUGGCACAGGCAACCUCUUUCCACCGGGCACGGAACAGCAACGAGUUGUCUUUCAAGCGAGGCGACUUCUUUCAUGUGAUAUCCGCCGUGCAGGCCUCGGACGGUACGAUUGAGAUCUUUGACCCGGUCAAGAACGUCAAGGGAAGGGCUCCGGCGGCGUGUUUCAAGAUCUUCGAGAAGACGCACCACGCCAACGGCAGCGGCGACGGCGAGAACCGGAUCUCCGGCAGCAGCACGAGCUCGGGACGGAUGAACAGCAACAGCAACAGCAUGGGACACAAGUUCGCCAGCAACGGGAGCCAGUUCUCCCAGCACGAGUUUUCGCAGCCCCGCCACACCUCGACAACGUCGUCCUCGUCGUUCUCAUCCUACGGCAACAAGAAAGAGUCCGCUCUGGGUAACCUGUUUGGCGUUGUGUUGUACGACUUCAACGCAGAACGGUCAGACGAGCUCUCCGUCGCCGCCGGCGACAGCAUCUUCAUUUGUGCACACCACGAGUAUGAGUGGUACAUUGCGAAGUUUCUCAACAAGGUUGGCGAGGUAGGCUUGGUCCCUGUGUCCUACGUGCAGUUGAUCGACGCCGUCACCCGUAUCCCUUACAAGGGUACGCCCCGGUCGAUUAUCGAAAAUGAAAAUUUACCCACUGUGGAGGAGUGGAAGGCCCUAAAAAACAAACAUAAGGCCAGCAGUAGAACUGUCGGCAUGCACGACAACACCGUCCCCUCCAACGGCGCUUUGUCGAGACAAUCGUCCCAGGGCUACGUGAGAUCGAAGUCCAUCACCAAGUCGCCUCUCAACAAAAACAUCUCGGAAUCGCUGGUCUUGCCUGACAAUACCAACAUUGAAUCCUUCUCAAGCACCAACAACAAGUUCUGGUUCUUGAUCAGGGUAGGUAUGUCGGAUGGAUCCAUCAGAUCGUUGUGCAGGUACUACGAGGACUUCUUCAACUUCCACCAAAAGCUUUUGUCCACCUGGCCUCGCGAGGGGGGCAAGUUUGAUACCAAGGACAAAAAGGAAAGGAUACUGCCCUUUAUUCCGGGACCCGUCAUUGACGUCACCGAGAGCUUGUGUCACAAGAGGCUGAUCGACUUGAACGAGUACUUGAAAAUACUUUUGCAGUUACCCGACUACAUCUCCAAGUCGAAUUUGGUUGUCUCCUUUUUCGAUCUCAUGGAUGGUGACGAGACCUCAAACAAUACUCUUUCGAAAACCUCUUAUGUUCCUGUAGAACCUAACCGCCCGGCCCCAAAUUUGAAAAUCAUAAAUUCAGACAACUCACAUCGUCCUUCUUCAGUAUCACCAAGUCAGCAACAACAACAGCAGCAGCAGCAACAUCUUCAACAACAACAACAACAGCAACAGCAACAACAACAACAACAACAACAACAACAACAACAACAACAACAACAACAACAACAGCAACAGCAACAGCAACAAAAAGCGCAGCAAGGCUCCAUCCAACCGACAGAGACGUUGUCACAAUCUCAUUACGAUAGGAAAUCUCAGUACGAGUUGAACAACAGGAGCAGCUCGCUAUCCAAUAAAGUCGGCGACUUCACUUCGACGAGGAAGAGCUCGACAAAUUCGGUGGUGUCGCAAGGUGCAACAGUAUCACAGACCCCACCCACCUCGAAGAAUAGCUCCUCCUUGAAGCUAAAAUUGAAGUUCUACUAUAAGGAUGACAUUUUUGCAAUAUCCGUACCGAAUGAUAUCAAAUUGUCAGUGUUGAAAGCACUAGUAGUGCCCAAGAUUGAUGAAUGCGACUCGCCAGGAGUAGAGUCCAAGAUCGAGAUUUACUCCAAAAACUCUUCAAAUGUAGACCAUUCUACAUAUGACAAAUCUAAAGCCUUACGCAACGAUAACGAUUUAUGGAAUGAUGCUAACUUUGUUGAUAAGGGGAAAUUCCUGAUUGUCGUGUGA